UCAAUUUGCCACUCCACGUCAUCGCAAAGACAACAGGUGAGACGCCUCCUAUAACGUCGUCUCAGGGCGCACGGUAGGACGACGGAGGCGCAGAGAAACCGCCAGAGGUGGCGCAAUUUAGCUGCAAAGCACCGAGCUACCGAUUAAUCGGCAAUUGCAGCGAUCAGCACAGAAGAACCUCCGAUCAACCUCCUACAGGCUACAGGUGAACCGUACGCAUACCAAAAUACACAGACAUAUACAUACAAUCCGUUACAGAGAGGGGGAAGAGGAGGAAGAUGUGGGUGUUCUAUCUGAUCUCGCUGCCUCUGACCCUUGGAAUGGUGGUGUUGACUCUCAAAUACUUUGCUGGUCCAGACGUGCCUCGAUAUGUGUUCUUCACUGUCGGCUAUACUUGGUUUUGCUCCAUCUCCAUCAUUAUUCUAGUCCCGGCCGAUGUUUGGACGACAAUAAUUGGACAUGAUAAAGGAGGCAUCUCAUUCUUCUGGAUCUGGUCAUAUUGGAGUACAUUUCUACUCACAUGGCUUGUGGUUCCGCUUAUUCAGGGUUUUGAAGAUGCUGGAGACUUUUCUUUAGUAGAAAGACUGAAGACGAGCAUACAUGUAAAUUUGGUGUUCUAUUUAAUUGUGGGCUCCAUUGGUCUUUUUGGGCUUAUUCUCCUAAUUAGUAUGCAGAAAAUUAGGGGUGUAAAGCUACUAGGUUUUGCUAUGGCAUGCUCCAAUACUUUUGGACUGGUCACUGGUGCAUUUCUUCUUGGUUUCGGUUUAAGUGAAAUUCCUAAAAGCCUUUGGAGAAAUGCUGAUUGGACCACUCGGCAGAAGGUGCUUUCACAUAAAGUUGCCAAAAUGGCUGUGAAACUUGAUGAUGCCCACCAAGAGUUAUCAAAUACCAUAGUAGUUGCUCAGGCAACGUCAAAGCAGAUGUCUAGACGUGAUCCUUUGCGGCCUUGUAUGGAUGUCAUUGACAAUAUGAUAGUUCGACUGUUCCGAGAAGAUCCAUCUUUCAAACCGCAAGGGGGUAGAUUGGGUGAAAAUGACAUGGAUUAUGAUACAGAUGAGAAAUCAAUGGCAACUCUUAGGCGCCAUCUCCGUAUAGCUCGAGAGGAAUACUAUAGAUACAAAAGUGAGUAUCAGACAUAUGUUACUGAGGCUCUUGAAUUGGAAGAUACAAUAAAGAAUUAUGAACGGCGCAAUACCACUGGAUGGAAAUUCAUUUCUAGCUUCAGGCCUGAACGGACUGGGACGUUAGGACCCUUUUUGGACACAACAGAAUUGAUAUGGCGAUGUAUUCUUCAUAAGCAAUUGGAGAAAGUCUCAAGUGUCAUGCUUGGUUGCAUGUCAGCUGCAAUUCUUUUAGCUGAGGCAACUUUAUUGCCCAGAGGAGUUGAUUUAUCAAUAUUUUCUAUUCUCAUAAAAUCUGUUGGGAACCAGGAGGUUCUUGUUCAGGUGUUCGCAUUUGUUCCAUUGAUGUACAUGUGUCUUUGCACAUACUAUUCACUGUUCAAGGCAGGAAUGCUAAUGUUCUAUUCCUUGACACCAAGGCAAACAAGUGCAGUGGGUUUGCUAAUGAUAUGCUCGAUGGUUGCUCGCUAUGCACCUCCGAUUUCUUACAAUUUUCUUAACCUCAUUAAUCUGGGUGAUGGCAAGAAAACUAUUUUUGAGCAGCGAAUGGGAAACAUUGAUGACGCUGUACCUUUCUUUGGGAAAGGAUUCAACAGAAUUUAUCCCCUUAUUAUGGUUAUAUACACACUGCUAGUGGCAAGCAAUUUCUUUGAUCGAGUCAUCAGCUUUUUUGGGAACUGGAAGAUAUUUAGAUUCCAACCAGAAGCAGAUGACCUGGACGGUUUUGAUCCAUCAGGAUUACUUAUAUUGCAGAAAGAACGGGGCUGGCUUGAAGAAGGAAGGAAUAUUGGUGAACAUGUUCUUCCCUUGGCAAGGAAUUUCAAUGGGACAAGCACAGAUUUGGAGUCCGGUGGGAAUGGCACAGAUAGGAGUGGUUUUGAGAUGAAGACAUCUGAUUCAAACAAGGACGAUUUAAAGGGAAGCUCUUCAAGACAUCCAAAAAGCGAGGCCCGGAGAUACUCUGGGAGCAGGGAAGCUAUUAGCAGCAAGUAUGCAGCAGCUCUAAAGGAGCAGAGCAAACCUGCAGUGAAUACAGAGCAAGCGAACGUGCCCUCUACUAAGGUCUCCUUGCUCGACGCUGGCACCUCAAAACCCAUUGACAGCGUAAAAGGCCCAACCGGGUUGGCUGCAAGAUGGGCAUCAAUGAAGGCAGGCCUCCAGACCUUCAAAACAAACUUAGAAGCAAAAGGAUUCCCUCCUUUACGCCAAGUUGGUGAGUUCGUUCCAUUACGCCAAUCUCAGGACACCCCUCACCUAUCUCGCCAUUCCUCAUCUGAAUCCCUCGACGAGAUCUUCCAAAAACUGAAGCGACCCUCUGCAGAUCACAAUGAAGACGACGAUAUCAUGGAUGGCAGGUAACAUUCACAAAGCAAGGAUGGCAACAGAAAUGUACAGGCCAAGAUUACAAUUACACUGUGGUUAAAGGCUUUCUAUAGCUUUAUACUCCCAGAUAUAAUCACGGAAGCGUAUGGAAGAACACUGAAGAUAAGUAACUGUCCAAAACUUUAGUUGCAAUAGAUUUAACUAACUUCCUAGUGUUCAUUAUAUUGUUUCCUAUAAACAUUAUUCUUCCAUACAGUCCGACCGCAUCCAAUCCCAAUUUUGGUCCACCUAAUAGUGCGGUUUAUAUCUUAUGUAAUUUGCAUACUCUUAAUAGUCGUUACAAGUUUCUCUCUUUUACUCAAAAAAAAAAAAAAAAAAAAUCUUUACUGCCACAUUUAAA